CUUGAACUCAAAAACAAGCCCUCUCAGGCUGGCCCAUCACAGCCAGUUGUUCUUUUCUUUUCCUCUCCCUCUUUUUUUGGGAGUCCUUCUGUUUUUUCUCGCUCUCUGCCUGCAGUCACAGUGUGAGUGGGUGUGUCGAUGCGGGCCAGUGUAGCCUAGUCGCUGCUUGUGCGCACUCUGAAAAAGAGGAAAAAGUUGAUGAUGAGUUUAGUGUGAAAGCGGCCCGCCUCGGAGCAGGCUCACCGUUGAGGAAUGGCAGUUUGGACCAGAGCGGACAAAAACGGUCAACUGGACCUUCUGCUCCGCGACCGUUGGAUCCGAGUGGCCGCCGAACUCACCCGAGAAACGCUGACUUUAACGGCCGAAGCAGAGGCAACCGGACAGGGGGGCAACCACUGGGACUACAACAACUCUUCUGCAGGCCUGCGAAAUGGCAUGUCGAACGGAAACGACCCGGGAACAAGUCCGGGGAACCCUGGCCGCGGUGCGUCCUUGGGUCAGGAGCAGAACCAGAACCAUGGGGGGAGAGGGCGCAGCGGCAGCCCGGGGCACGGCGGUGUCAGUAGAGGUCAAUAUGACGGCAACUACGCUCUAAACAGCCCCGGGAAGUACCCAAAUAACGGCACAAACUCUGACUUUGGAAGCCCUGGAUCCAGCUACGGCAGCCCCGGGUCCAGCUUCGGGUCGAGACAAGGCGACGUCCCCGUCAGUUUGGACGGGUCCUCGGAAGCUGUGCGCAAAGUCCGAGUAGUCAAACAGGAGUCUGGCGGGCUAGGGAUCAGUAUCAAGGGGGGGCGAGAGAACCGGAUGCCCAUCCUCAUCUCCAAGAUCUUCCCGGGGCUCGCCGCCGACCAGAGCCGGGCUCUUCGGGUAGGAGACGCGAUCCUGUCGGUGAACGGGAACGACCUCCGGGAGGCAACGCACGACCUGGCGGUCCAGGCGCUUAAGAAGGCGGGGAAAGAAGUAACGCUGGAGGUGAAGUACAUCCGUGAGGUUUCUCCGCUCUUCAAGAAGCCGUCCCUAGUGGCCGACCUACCGUGGGACGGCGUUCGCCCACAGUCUCCUAGCUACAGCGGCAGCGAGGACUCUGGGUCGCCCAAACACAGCAGCUCCUCCUCCUCCAAAGACAGAAAAGUCAUAAGCCUGAAGAUGUGCUUCAUCAGCAGGAACCUCACCAUGCCAGAUCUGGAGAACAGACUUCUGGAGCUCCAUUCCCCAGAUGGCCAGCAUACGGUGGUGCUGCGCUGUAAAGAUGGCCCCUCCGCCAACUCCUGGUUCACCGCCAUCCACACCAACAUCGCCGCUCUGCUGCCACACACCCUGGCUCACAUCAACGCUUACCUGGGGGCGUCAUCUUCUGCCUCCACACACCCCCAUCUCAAACACAUCGGCUGGCUGGCUGAACAGGUCCAGCUGGAAGGAGGAAGGCAGCAGUACAAGCCAGUGGUCAUGGCACUGACAGAGAAGGACAUCCUGCUAUUUGAAUCUGUGCCAUGGAGCAGAGAGUCCUGGUCCAUGCCUCUGCUCACACAUCCGCUGCUAGCCACAAGACUGGUACAUUCUGGCAGUGCCAGGGGUUCUCCAGCCCAGGGUUCAGACUUGGUGUUUGCCACUCGGACAGGCACGGGACAAGGCAUCGAGUCCCACAUCUUCAGAGUGGAGACCCACUGGGACCUGUCCUCAUGGACGCGGGCCCUCGUGCAGGGAGCACACGCUGCCGCUGAGCUUAUCAAAGAAGUCUCUAUUGGUUGCACGUUGAACAGACAGGAUGUCAGGCUGACGCUGCACUAUGAGAAAGGUUUCACUGUGACAAGGGAGCCGGCAGAUCCAGCCGGGGGCGCCGUGCUGUUCAGAUACCCCUAUGAGAAGCUCAAAAUGUCCGCAGACGAUGGAAUACGUAAUCUCUACCUUGACUUUGGGGGUCCAGAGGGAGAAAUGGUAUUUGACCUCCACUCGGGCCCAAAGCCGGUGGUGUUUGUCCUCCACUCCUUCCUGUCAGCCAAGCUCACUCGUAUGGGCCUGCUGACGUGAAACGACCGACCAACAACAGCAGCGAGGAUGAGGGGGAAGGCACUCCCAAAAUGCUGAUACUGGGGGUUUAAUGUUCAAUUUCUUUUUCUUCUAAUUACUCCAUUCACAGCUGAAGCUGCAGGGACGUUUUAACCCACAAGUCGCAUUGUUGAUUGUCUCGAAAUUGUGCCUUCUCUUCCAAACUUCUCCUCUGCCUCUUGUAAUCAUUUAUAUUGCAAGGUCAGGUAAAAGGAAGUGGCACUUUGCUUGAAAAAUGCAACAAAAAAAAAAUGCUAUUAACAAUCUCAUAACAUUCCAUGUUAUAAUGUAUUAAAUUGAAUUGUGAUUAUCUAAUAGGAUUUUUAAAAAAACAAAGUAAGAUGAUUGCUAGUGAGAUUCCAUUCCCAGUGCUCUUCAAGCAAAGUGUUACUGAAAUAUAUUAUGAAAAGGAAGGAUUUUUAGACAAUUAAUACACAGCCAAGCACAGAUUGGUAAAUGCUCCCUGUUUUUACUCUAUGCCUAUCAUUCCAUGACAGCCUUCCAAUGUACUUUGGGCUCUUUUUAAUGUAUUUGUUUGUCUUUGUGUAGAGUGAAAGAUGCUGUUUAGAGUCAAAAUGCAGUUAACUGAGCGGAAAAUGUGUGAAUGAAGAAAGGUGUGUGUGUGUGCUUGCGUGCGUGUGUGUGCGUGUGUGUGUGUGUGUGUCUCUCUCUCUAUACUACGCGCUUCUGUUGGCUUGAUAGUGUGCCUGCUGUCUGACAGUCUCACCUUUUAGCACAUUAUCCCAAACUACUGUUGUAAUCAGGAGUGCCAACUGUGCCUUUUUACAUGUAGUCAAAGACACUCAUUGUAAUGUUUCUUUUUUUUUUUUUUUGCACACCAUAAGAGAAUUUUAAGCUUUCAACAUGUGCAAGCAAUAGUGUUACUCUUAUAGUGUAAACCAUUUUACUUUAUUUUUAUGCCGUUUUUUGUUGUUGUUUUUUUUAAGUGUGUAUCUCAUGAUAGCAUGACUUCCUGACAUUGAACUCUGCAUCAGAUGAUGAUAUAUGACCAUUUGUUACCUCCCCUUCUUGACCUACACUACCACGCCGUCUCCGUCUCAGUGUCACUUUCAUCUCAUUCCACUUUGCUUGAGAUUACUGGUCUCUUGUUACCAUUCCUACAGCAGCAUUUCUCUGGCUAAAGACUGUUAAACAGGCCUGUUUCAAGGUGGGCUACCACAUGACAGAAGUACCAUUGUUCUAAUAAUCCCAAAUGUAAUGAUCAAUUUCGUCUCACUUUCUAUUAACCCCUGCAGUAGAGAGGAUACUAUAUCAUUUAUGUUCUUUUGCUUAUUAUUAUGGUCUUUCCUUACAUUCUAGUCUCGAAAAAGCUCAUGAAAGUUUGAGAAAACCUUUACUCAAAGUCCAGUGACCUUCAUUUGUUUUGGAGCUUUCAGCCACUUCUCAUGGUUCUCAGGAAGAUGUCUCAACUGUCAUCAUGUGACCUAAGUAUAGAACUGAACUCUGAUUGUGUAUAAGUGGUUGUCAUAGUUACCAGGAUGCCAUCCAUUGAUUUGUGAAGUAGGUUGAAGUGUUUUGGAGCCUCAAGUUUGACAUUUUGGGAAUCACCAUCUUGGUUUCUUGGAACCGGGACGACCAUGAUUGGAUGAGUUGGAUAAGUUAGCAGUUUGCACUAGUUAGCUCGCUUGUUAUUUAGGUGCAAAGUUGAACAGCCAGCCAGUUGGCUUUGGUUGUAUUUAAAGACACUCUAACACUGAACAAGGCAUUUUUAGGUGACCGGAAUUUAACUAUGAUGAGCUGAAGGCUAGUAGGGACAUGUCAAUUACAAGAUAGCCACUCCCUAAAGCGUAACCUACUUUGUUGUCUAUUUUAAUCUAAAUGGGCCCAUAACUCCAAAAAACAAAGAUCAUGCUGGAUUGAAGAAGAGUUGAAACCAGUGAUUGAGACCUUAGGCUUAUUAGGGAAAUGUUUACUGAGGUAAUAAAUCAAGUGAGAAGUAGGGUCAUUGUCUCUCAGCCUUUCACACAAUCUGACUUGAUUUUGCAACCAGAAGAGUCGCCCCCUGCUGGUCACUAGAAAGAAUGCAGGUUUCACCAGUCUGUUUGAAGAAUGCCUCUGGUAGCAGAUGUGAAUGAUCUCCAUGACCUUUCUCUGGCCGUCCACUGACUCCUGGUCAAUGACCUUUGACCCCGCCCUAGUCGAUGCUGUGACUGCCUUUGAUCUGGAUCCGUAUUUAAGUUUUACAUGAAAUCAAUUACAUCUCUAGUAGCAAUUAUUGGGAAAUCAACGACACCUUAAAAUAUUAAUAAUAUAUCAAAAGAGAUGAAAUAGCAGAAAAUAGAGGAGGGAUAUCAGAGAAACCAACAAGAAAAAUUUAGUAUCAAACAAAACAAAUGCCAGCAAUAUUCUUGCUGUACAGCCGUGAGAAAAAAAGGAAACAUUUUUUUUUCAAAUUCAGGCUAAAAGAGACCUAUUCUGAAUUAUACAUGCUGCUAACAUGCACGGGCUACACGGUGGUGUAUAGGCUUCCUCCACAGUCCAAAAAACAUGCACUUAGGUUUAUUGGUGACUCUAAAAUUGCCUGUAGGAGUGAAUGAGAGCAUGAUUGUCUAUAUCUGUGUGUCAACCCUGCGAUAGUCUGGAGACCUGUUCACGGUGUACCCCGCCUCUCUGAGAUUGGCUCCAGCUCCCUGUGACCUGAGUGCAGAUAAGCGGUUAAGGAUAAUGAAUAAAUAAAUAACAUGCACUCUUUCUGUACCGCAGCUAGUGAAGGGACAACGAAGCUUCGUGAACCAUUUGCUUUAUUUACGGAGCCCACUAGAAGGCACUCAUUGUUCAACAAAGGGCUUAAAACACACUCUAUUACCUUUGCUAAGCCUUUCUUUUCCAAGACCGCCAUCUAGUGGGGUCGAAAAAUAAAGCAAAUGGUUCACGAAGCUUCAUUGUCCCGUCACUACUUUUAACCAAUUUAAGAGACCUCUGUACUAUCUCAGAUUAAAAGUAUUUUUAAGUUUUCAAGUAGGAGUUAAACUUAACUUUCAUAUUUCACUUUAAGCAGUUUGAUCAAUUCGGGCCCUGGUGUUGAUGGGCAGCUGAUGGCUGUUUCUGGUGUUUGUUCAGGCCUUGCUGGUGUAAUGAUUUAGUGUGAAUGAGUGAGGUAACAUGACGACGACUGAGAAAACGCCAUCCACUGAUGAACACUGGGAGAAAAAAAAGCAAGUCAAUGGACUUAGAGUUAAGGUUAUUUGUAAAACUACUUCUCGAGAAUUAACUUCUUAAAAAUGUAAUUUUGGAAAACCUAUUACAGAUCUUGCAAUUUUUGUCAAUACUAAAUACUAUCAACAACCACUACCAACUGCUUUAGGUACAGUGCCCCUUAAUUAGGUCACUUUUUUUGUCUAAUUACAAUCUUCCCUUUGCUUCCUCUGCUCAGUCCAGUGCCUGUGUUGAGACGUAACUCAUUAAUGAGUUCAACAUGACUGUAAUUAAAACGUUUUCAUAACCUUUAGUCGGUUCAUGGUACAUGUUGCUAAGGCCACCCUUCCCUUCAGUAGCUCCUCUGUGCUCUUUUGGACCUCCAACAAUGAACCAUUGUGUCCACUGACCGUGCAACAUAAGAGAACAAGAUAUCCCUUCUGUCCUCGGAUAAGGAACAAAACCACCAGUCUGAAUGACCUUUAUUUUUUUUUCGGACUCUGAUGUCCUUGUAAUGGUUUGAACAACUUGUUUUGGCUGUUUAUAGUUACUAUAGCUAUAUACUGCAGAUCUUUUUAGGUUAUAAUUACUUUAUUUAUGCAGCUCCUUUCAGAAUAAAGUUGCAAAGUGCUUUACAGUAAAAGCUAUUACAUAGGUAAGUUAAGGAAAGACAGACUACAUCCCUUAAUACAUCACAUGUUUGAGUUAUAUUUGGCCCAACAAAGUCUUGUUCCUGUGUUGCACGCCAUCAUCCUACAUUUUCACCACACUUUUCAUUUCAUGUUAGUCAUGUUUCUUUAACCCACUGCACAGAUCUGAUUGUCUUAACCUCAAGCUACAGGCCGUCCCUCUUUGAGCUUGAUGCACUAACCUAUCAAACCCCUUUAAAUCUGUAAAUGUACACCUCUCCCCUUCUUCCAGAUGAUUAUUUUUCAUCUUCUUUGUCCUUAUGUUCAGAGAUUGUGGCUAUCCUGUCUAUGCAAAGCAACGCUUCAAAGAAGGGGUUUUUGAACCAAAGGUAAUAUCUGUGGCAGCUUGCGUCCAACACAAUCAUUGAACUGAAAAGUCACAACAGAAUAAAGUGCUGCUGCAACAACCUGUCAUAUGCAAAGUAUUUUAGACUUCCUUCCGAAAUAUCGUAUACAAUGUAUGAUAGCAAUGUAAUAAUCUCAAAUGUAAAUAUCUACCAAUAAAACUGUUACAAUGUA